AUUUUAAAUUUUUAAUGCAGGGGAGUUGCAGCUCGAGCUCUACAUCUCUCAAGAGGAGUAGAGAGACCAAGUGGGAGAGUGACUUACACAGUUGUGCUAGAAGGACUUUGCAGAUUCCGUGUACAGGAGAUAAGUACCAGAGGGACUUAUUACACAGCACGAAUUACUUCUCUUGAGUUGACAAAAGCUGAGAUGGAGCAAGUUGAGCAAGACCAGGAAUUCAUUGUCUUGUCACGUCAAUUCAAAGCUACUGCAAUGGAGCUUAUCACUGUUCUUGAGCAGAAACAAAAAACUGGAGGGAGGACAAAGAAUCUUCUUGAGACAGUUCCAGUGCACAAACUGGCAGAUAUUUUUGUUGCUAGCUUUGAGAUUAGUUUUGAAGAACAGCUAUCUAUGUUGGAUGCAGUUGAUGUUAAAGGCAGGCUUUCUAAGGCAAUAGAGCUAGUUGACAGGCAUCUGCAGUCAAUUCGUGUUGCUGAGAAGAUUACUCAAAAAGUUGAGGGGAAUUUGUCAAAAUCCCAGAAAGAAUUUCUUCUUCGACAGCAGAUGAAGGCUAUAAAGGAGGAACUUGGUGAUAAUGAUGAUGAAGAAGAUGAUUUGACUGCCCUUGAAAGGAAGAUGCUAGGAGCAGGAAUGCCAGUAAAUGUCUGGAAACAUGCACGAAGAGAACUAAGGAGUCUCAAAAAAAUGCAGCCUCAGCAACCUGGAUAUAAUAGCUCUCGCGUGUACCUCGAGCUUCUUGCUGACCUUCCCUGGCAGAAGACUAGUGAAGAACAUGAACUAGACUUAAAAGCCGCAAAGGAGCGUCUUGACAGUGAACACUAUGGUCUAUUCAAAAUUAAACAGCGGAUAAUCGAAUAUCUCGCCGUUCGCAAGCUAAAACCAGAUGCCAGAGGUCCAGUGUUGUGUUUUGUUGGUCCACCAGGUGUUGGGAAGACAUCUUUAGCUUCAUCUGUUGCUACUGCUUUGGGCAGAGAAUUUGUACGCAUAUCCCUUGGUGGCGUCAAGGAUGAGGCUGAUAUAAGAGGGCACAGGAGGACGUAUGUUGGAAGCAUGCCAGGUCGUCUUAUUGAUGGAAUAAAGAGAGUAGGUGUCUCCAAUCCAGUCAUGCUGCUAGAUGAGAUUGACAAAACAGGUUCUGAUGUUCGGGGUGAUCCUGCUUCAGCGCUAUUGGAGGUCCUUGAUCCUGAACAGAACAAGACCUUCAAUGACCACUACCUAAAUGCACCAUUUGACCUUUCAAAGGUCACAUUUGUGGCAACUGCGAAUAAGAUUCAACCAAUUCCCCCUGCACUCUUGGACAGAAUGGAAGUCAUUGAAUUGCCUGGGUAUACACCUGAAGAAAAGCUGAAAAUAGCCAUGAUGCACUUAAUUCCAAGAGUUCUUGAUCAGAAUGGCUUAAGUUCUGAUUUGCUUCAAAUUCCUGAGGGUGUGGUAAGACUCAUUAUCCAAAAAUACACUAGGGAAGCUGGUGUCCGUAAUCUGGAAAGAAAAUUAGCUUCAUUAGCACGUGCAGCGGCAGUUCAAGUGGUGGAACAAGAACAUGCUAUGCCUCUCAGCAAAGAUGUGCAAAGGCUCACUAACCCCUUGUUGGAUAGCAAACUUGCUGUUGAGGCUGACGUUGAAAUGGAAAUCAUUCCUAUGGCGGCUAACAAUCAUCAUAUAUCAAAUGCACUCGAGACUUCCCUGCCUUUGAUUGUUGAUGAAACUAUGCUGGAGAAAGUGCUAGGACCCGCAAUAUAUGGUGAUAGAGAGACAGCAGAGAGAGUUAAUACUCCUGGAGUAGCUAUUGGACUGGUCUGGACAGCAUUUGGAGGGGAGGUGCAAUUUGUUGAGGCCACUUCCAUGGUAGGAAGAGGUGAUCUCCAUCUUACAGGCCAACUUGGUGAUGUAAUUAAAGAAUCUGCUCAGAUUGCACUGACAUGGGUACGUGCCAGAGCAACUCAACUCAAGUUAUCCAUGGCCGAAGAACAUGAUCUGCUAGGGGGCAGAGAUAUUCAUAUCCAUUUUCCGGCCGGUGCCAUACCCAAAGAUGGACCCUCAGCCGGGGUAACCUUGGUGACCUCAUUGGUUUCUUUGUUCAACCAAAGACGUGUAAGAGAAGAUACCGCAAUGACCGGAGAGAUUACUCUGAGUGGCCUAGUUUUGGCAGUUGGUGGCAUUAAGGAUAAGGUAUUGGCUGCUCAUCGCCACGGUAUCAAAAGACUGAUACUGCCAAACAGUAACUUGAAGGACUUAGCUGAAGUCCCAGCAAGCAUACUUUCGAGUCUCGAGAUUAUACCGGCAAAGAGAGUGGAAGAUGUGGUGGAACAAGCCUUGGAAGGUGGUUGCCCGUGGAGAAUAGGUUCUAAAUUAUGACAACCAUAUUUCUUUUUCAUCGCAUGAAUCAAACUGCUAUAGAGUUUAGCACAUACAAUGCUCUCAUUUUGCGAGUUUUCAACAUUCAAUGUGGAAAUCUUUGAUUUACGGGAGAGAUCUGUAACCGUUAUCCAAAGGUGCGUUCUCGUUGAGGGAAAUCUUUGUAUUAUACCAAGUGCAUGUCAUGCUCUGCUUACUUUUGGUUUAGGGUGAAGUUGUAUAGUACGUUCUGUGUACAUCAGCAGUUCACUGCAUUCAAGUUGAAGCCAUGGUUUGUGUAAUC